AGGGAUUAAUCGAAAAGGUCAAAAAGAAUAAGCCUAUCACACUGUUCUUUUCAGCUAAUAAGAAGAGAAUAAAAACUGAUGAUGAUGAAGAUGAUGAUGAUAGUCAUCAACAUAAGAAGAUCAAGAAAGAGGAUGCCAACGAAUAUGCUAAAGCUACAGAACAUAAGGAUAGUAAAGUGAAACGUGAGGUUGAACAAUAAGACAUUAAUAUUGAAUAGGUACUAUUGGACUACUAAUGCACCAUUGCAACACAACAGAACACUCUUUAGUCUACUAUUCUUUCUAUAUAGUACUCUAUAACUCAGUGACUUAUAUUAUCUGACUAUCGCUAUACUUAAUUAAAGGACGUGUACUUUUCACAAUUCCUAUAGUGAAAAAAAAUUGUACCAAUUGAAAAAAAAAGUUUUGAACAAUUUUAAUCACCACUAAUCCAGAAGGUGACACUAUCUGAUCCAAACAUGAGUAUAUCUAAAAAGGGCAGUGUGGCUUUGAGAUGCCUUGAACAGAUUCGUCAUAAUUCUUCAAAGGCUACACCUUUGUAUUUAAAUCCUCAUGCCUGGAAGGGAUUACCAGCCGAUCAAAUCUUUGAACUUCAUAACUUAAGAAAGAAUAGUAUGGGUGAAAAAUAUAAUCCUAGUGAUGAAGAAAGAAAUGCUAUUCUUUCAACCAUUAGUUCAUUGGUUAAAGGUCAACCUGAAUUAGACUAUACAUAUGCUAUUGAUGGAUUUAAAGAAAGAUUUAUGAAUAAUACACCUCUGAGAUUAAAAGGUUUACCUAAGAAGAGAAGUAAUGUUUAUGUUAUAGAUGAAGGAGCAACUCCUCAUGAAAAGAGAAGAAUUGAACAUUUAACUAGAAUUAGUGCUUAUGAAAUGCCGUUAUUGGCUAAAUUCCGUCAGCCUUAUAAUGCACCUAAACCAACUGAAAGUCCAAUAAAAUUAACUUAUCAAACAGAUUUUGGGGACGAAACUUCAAAUAAAUUUAAUAGAACAGUAGUAUUAAAAGUAGAUUUGAAUAAUUUAGGACUUGAUGAAAAAGCUCAACAUAAUUUCAAAGUAUUAGCUGGUAAUAAAUUUAAUAUUGAUACUAAUAUUUUCACUUACAAAUCUCAUCAAUAUCCUGAAGCUGCUCAAAAUGCUAGAUACUUGGUUGAUACUUUAAAUAAAUUAAUUAAACAUUCAAAAGAGUCAGAUUUCACAGAUAUUCCAAUAGAUUCACGUCAUAUGAAACGUACUCAUAAAAAUGCACCAGAACCAGAAUUCCCAGAAAGCUGGAAGAGACCUCAAGAUGCUCCAAUUGCUAAACAUAAGAUAGUCAAUAAACUUGUUGAACUUGUUAAGGAAAAGAAGGAUGAAAAGUACGUAGCUGAAUUCAGUCCAUAAACAUAAACAUAACCAUAAACAUAAAUAUCUAUAGUUAUUUAUAGUGUACACUUGUAUAUAUAAUGCCA